AUGGAGGCGACACCAGCAGUAUCCGGUGGAAUGGGCGCCGCCGACGAUGUUUCCCAGGCGGAAACGGCGAUAUUGCGAUUAAAAUUGGCGGUGUGGCAACAAUAUCAACACGUGCUCGACAAAACCACCCCGCACGUGCUACGGCGUUGGAUAGGGUUUUCGGUUUUGGCUUUCCUCUACGUCGUCCGCGUCUACUUCCUGCAAGGCUUCUACGUCGUUUCAUACGCUCUUGGCAUUUACAUACUCAAUCUCCUCAUCGGGUUCCUCUCCCCUCAGGAAGAUCCCGCCCUCGCCGCCGACGGACCUUCUCUCCCCACCAGAGCUUCCGAUGAGUUCCGGCCUUUUGUUCGCCGCCUCCCUGAAUUCAAGUUCUGGUACUCGAUCACGAAGGCAUUUUGCAUUGCAUUUGUGAUGACUUUCUUUAGUGCGUUUGAUAUUCCAGUCUUCUGGCCAAUACUCCUCUUCUACUGGGUUGUUCUGUUCACGCUUACUAUGAGGAAACAGAUAUCACAUAUGAUCAAAUACAGAUAUGUACCAUUCACAUUUGGGAAACAGCACUAUCAGAGAAAGAAACCAUCGGCAGAAGAAAGCACAAGUCUUCCUGUGGACUGA